AAACACACACAGACGCGCGCGCGCGCACACAUGUAAACAGCGGUCUGUGAUUCACUGUCUCUUUCAUGUCAUUCUCUACACACGCGUUUCAGUGCUGUUCGUUUCUCGAAAGUCUGACAGAUUUUCCCUCGUGACAGCAAAAAACAGCCGCGUUUCGGGUUUUAACGUCAUUUUCCUGACAGAUCGCGCCACACUGGAACUAUGAGCUUCAGCGGUCCGCGGGAGAAAGAGCGGCGGCUGCGCGGCUCAGGCGAGCCCUCCCGGGUGUGAGAGUGAAAUCGAGGCCGCUGGCGCUGCGGCCUAGUGCGGGCUGUUUAAUGUUUCACUCGACAAUACAAGACAGCGCUCCGUCUCCAUCAGGAACAGCAAUGGCUUCAUGUGAUGACAGAUUGACAUUGAUUGACAGAUGAUGCUGGAGGCACCUGUGCAGGUGAGCGAGGCCCUCAGCAUCACGGCAGGAGAAUGAAGCUUCAUUCGGACAUGAGCGAGAGCGGACACGCGUGUGAGUCCGUGUCACACGCCGCCCAGGACAUGAACCUGAACCACCGCUUGACCUUGACCUCCUGCGCGCUGAAGCCCGGGUGUCUGGAGGGGUCGGCGCUACUGUGCAACGGUUCGUCUGACCAAUCAGGGCUUGAGAGUUUCACGUCACACUGUGAUAAAAGUGAAGGAGAUCCAGACAGGGUCACGGUGACCUCAGAGGACGACAGCAGGUCUUUAGCGUCCAGUACGGUGGACGACGGAGACGGUCUCACACCCGAGAUCCAGCAGGCCUACAGAAUAUUUCAAAGCUUUCUUUCAGAGAAGCAUAAAUCCAUAACGGCCCCGUUCUGGCAUCCCAUCGGCCCCGGAUCACAGACCCCUGAUGCUGAGAUGUGCUUCAGAAAGAUGCAUGAUAAAUUUGUAAAUCGCGAGUAUGAAUCCAUCACUGCGUUUGUCGCCGAUUUCAGACUGAUGUUAGAGAACUGUUAUCGCUUUCACGGAGUCGAUCACUGGAUCUCCAAACAGGCCCAGAAACUGGAGAUUAUUUUGGAACAAAAGUUGACUCUGUUGUCCAGGACGCUGAGGGAGAAAACCACCCUAGCCGUGACCUCCAGAGGUCGUUUCGGCACCGAGGACGAGAAAGCGCCGGUCGGCACGUCGUCCAGGCGGCGAUUGGUGCCACGAAACCUGGCGACCAUUACGGUGGGCGGCAGCGAGUCCAUCAUGGUGCAGGCGCUGAGACUGGAGGAGCUGCAGCGAGCCAAAGACGAGAAGAGGCAGCGGGAGCUGGAGCGUAAAGAGGCAGAAGAGGCGUCAGUGAAGGAGCUGGAGGAGUGGGAGAGCUCCUUGCUCGCUCUGGCGGAACCGUGGCCGGUCCGGACCAUGUGGGAGCUUCCCGCCAUCGGCCACUUCCUGUGUCUGGCGCAGACGGCGCUGAACCUCCCCGAGAUCGUCUUUUACGAGCUGGAGCGCUGCUUGCUGAUGCCGCGCUGUAGUUCUUUCCUGGCCAAGGUCAUGACGUCUCUCCUCUGCCACCCGCACAAGAGAGCGAACGUCCACCGCCGCCCGCCGCUGCCCUACAGGAAGUGGGAGGCGGAGCUGCGGCGGAGGGUUCAGGGAUGGUACCGGGCGGUCGGGAGGGCGGAAGACCAGACGGCGCGUGCCGAGCACCUGGGACUUUGCCAUCAGUUCUUCUGGACGCUCGGAGAGGCGAGUCCGCUGGAGGAGAUGCCCUUCCACCUGCUGCCGUUCAACCAGCGCGUGUGGCUCCUCAAGGGACUCUGCGAUCACGUGUACGAGACGCAGAAAGACGUGCAGGACGCGGUUCUCGGGCAGCCCAUCCACGAGUGCCGCGAGUCCAUCCUGGGCUACGACGGGCAGGAGAACGCAUACAUACACUUUCCUCACUUUUGCGGCGCCGACUUGAGGAUCUACUGCCAGAGUCCGUGCGUCGCCAUGGAGUUUCCUCUUCCGCUGUUCCAUGUAAAGAGAUCUGAGGAGGAACUGGAGGGGUCAGAGGUCAGGGUGGAAACAUAUGGCAUGAAGGAGGAGGAUGAAAGCUCCAGCAGGACGGAUCUGAACACAUGGAGCCUGAAGGAAGACUCGCUCGCCGACCGGGAGGAUCCGGAUCAGAAGUGCUCCUCCAGCGUCCUCUCAUGGUGCAAAGAAGAUUCUCUGGACUCUGGAAGCAUGCGAGGGAAGUUCACAGAGGAAAGACGGUUAAAAGAAGAGGAAGAGGACGAGUCAGACAGCGAACCGUGCUUCAGAGUGGGAGAGAGCUGCUAUAAGGGCGUUUCACCUGCUCUGAACAGUCACAGAAGUCCUAAAAAAGAUGUGAAUCACAUGACCAGUGAGGACCAAAGUCCCUGUGCGGACUGCUGUGGAGCGUCGCAGGAGUCGCCACGUCUCUGGACUGAACCCAUCCGGCCGGGAAUCGCCCGCCUGCGCCGAGACGACACCCAGAAGAAGAAGAGACAGAAGAAGAAAGAGCGAAAGCUUGGCAUGAAAACCAGGACGAACAAACUUAGCUUGAAGAAGCGAACGGCCAAAAGCAGCCUGCAGAGAGCUGCGACAGCCAUGAAGAGGAAAGACAAGAGGAAACGACGGAGGCUGGCAGGAAACAGGUUUGAUGGGAAGAUGUCGGUGAGGAGACCAGCAGGAUCUGCUCUGCUUCCGGCAGGACCCUCAUUUCAGUUGAUCUGCUCCAGUCUGGAUGAUCUCAGAGUCCUGAUCAGCAAAACAGAAGAUCAACUAGAUGAACUGGACGACGGCGGCAAAAAGAGAUCUGGACGACGGCCACACAAAAGAGCCGCUGUGAAAGAGUUACACAUCACACUAAUAAGGCUGCUAAACGAGCUGUUACCAUGGGAACCCAAACUAGUCAAGGCCUUCCAGAGGAACAGAGCACGCUUGAAAAAGGAGUGUGACGAUUUCAAAAAACACCCCGAAUAUGACAACUUUAUCAGGGAGCAGAUGGAUACAAUGAAUACUGGGGAAGUUGUGUGCAAAGAUGGGUUGUUGUCCACAGAGACAGCAAGGGAACUGGAAGAUGGUGAAGUCAAAAUGGACAGAGCUGUAAAGGAAGCAACAGAGAAUGUAAAUCAACUAGGAAAUCAUGAAUCAAGAUGCCAAGCUGACAGACCUGAGAUUGUCAUGCAUUCGUCAGAGUCUGGACCCUUCACACGCAGUUCAAAACGCAGACAAAGCGGUGCAAUCAGUGAUGAACUGAGCCCAUGCAGAAGAGGAAAAAUAGACCAAGAGAGCUCUUUGACAUCUGAAUUUAAGGAAGUUGUAUCCAGGGAACAAGCAACAGUGAUCCCACGAGCGUCAGCGUUGCCUGAGUCUUUGAGUAGCUUUCAGGGUACUUGCAAACCCAUCCAGGCACUUCUGGCCAAGAGUGUUGGAAACAAAGUGACCUUAAUAAGUCAUCCUAAGGCUGCAGUGAUGGCUCAGAUUCUGCGGGAUCAUAACAAGACUUCUGUAACUCUGCCGCCUGUCCGAUUAUCAACUACCCGUCCACCAACUGAACCUGUCUCUACAGAAACACCAACUACAACAUCCACAACCGAAAGCACUGAACAGGUGGUGUACAAGACGGCGGGCGGCGUGGGGCUUCUCAGGAAAGGAAGCACUUGUGUAAAGUUUUCAGCGCAGCCAAUAUCAGAUCAAAAAACAGGGGGGAAUGUAAUGCAACAAGUUGUUAUAUUGCCUUCAAAUCUACUGAUUCAAAGCGCUGAGAAUAAGGCAGCCAAGACCUCUACAUCUCUCCCUAAGACCACAACGUACUUGUCCAACGCUUCAGGCUUCACCAUACCGGAAAACAAGGUUCCUGUCCAGCAGGUGGCACCAUUGAAAGACACCAGCACUGCCAGAACACCAUCUGCUGUAGUUACACCCAAUUUAAGAAGCGUUGCUGGAGGUUCUGCUGCACCUAAAAAGACUACUGAGCCAAAGGUUGUCGUGAACAAGUCAGCCAGUAGUGGUCCGACCAAACCUGACGCUAAACAGGAGCUCAGGACAGUGUGCAUUAGAGACUCGCAGUCCAUCCUUGUCACUACGAGAGGAGGCAACACAGGGGUGGUCAAGGUGCAGACGUCAGAGAGUGUAACGGGGGCUUUGCCACCCAGCCCGGUUUUUACCAUCUCGCCGCAACUGCAAGCCUUUCUGGUGUCAAAGUCUUCCACGUCCACUACACAAGGUGUUUCAGCCACCCUCGCUGCUAAAUCUUUACCUAGAGUCACGGAUGUUGUUCCGGUGAGCUCCUCUACUUUUGUGGCAGGAACUGUCGCAUCUUCAACCCUGAAUCAAAUUGGCAAUGAUGGCACUUCAGCCAAAACACCAAUCCCUGGUAAAUCUGCACUCCUGGCCACAAGCAAAGACAUCCAAGGCUUUCAGCAGAAUACAGUCUCCAAAUAUGGAAUGAAACCUCCACAAAAGAGGCCUCUACCAGGAAGCAGAACUCCAGAUCAAUCUGCUUUCCAAAAGGUUUUCCUUGUCUCGCCUUCACCAAAUAUCCCUUCGCCAACAACAAAGGUCACCACUACUACUUCAGCUACCUGUGCUUUACCAGGAUCACGGGUCAUGUUCAUAAGCAACUCAGCACUUACCAUUCCAAAAGAGGCGUCUGCUUCAGAGGUCAACAUUUCCUCUACUAGUACACCAGCGAUGAAGGUCAUUCCCAAGUUGGGGACAACUUUAUCCUGCACUUCUUCUGGUACAAACAUCCAGAGCAUCGGUGUCCCAGGGUUAAUGUCAAGAAUACUCGGUACAAACAAGAGUAUGCCAUCAGCAACCGAAGCCUCUGUGAUUGUCUCCAGAGUACCUGCAAUGUCAACUUCAAGUAGGCUUCAGAUUGGUCAAAAAAGCUGUUUGGUUGCAAGCAGAAGUCCGUCAGGGAAUACAGAAAGCUCUCUGAAAGUACCUGGAACUCUUGACGGCAAAACGGUCACAUUUUCAACGCUAGGCACCGGCCACAUGGCUUCUUCCGCACUUUUGUCAGUUGUAAAACCAGACGUACCUUCGCCAAUUUCAAUGUUAAAAGCUCUUCACUGUAAACCAGAGUUAACGACAGGCAGCUCGACUAUAUCUUCCUCUUAUUCAGGAAGCCUAAUAACCAAAAACACUACAAUACCAGUUGAUGUGACCACUAACAAGACACCAAUAAUCACAUCCUUUUGCACUUCACGCUCACUGAUUAAAACAACCUCUUCUGGAGCAUCCAGUCCUCUUGCAUUGAACUACGCUUCAACUCCUCCGGUGGUCAUGACCUCUGGGCUUCGUCCUCCGACCUCUACUGCCAAGAGUGUCCAGGAAAAAAUUGUGAUCAACACCACUGCCCCACUUGCACCUGGAACUCAGCUCCUGAUCAACAACACCAGAUUCGUUGUACCUUCUCAAGGCCUUGGACCUGGCAGCCAUGUUCUGCUCAUCAACUCUUGUCCUGGAGGAUUGCAAGGCCCAAGUCCAAGAGGUCCAAACAGUUCAACCCCUCACACCGUUCCUUCAGUUGUGCAAGGUAUGAGAUUGGUAACACCAGUCAGGCUACCCUCACCAAAAUUUGGACCUUCUGAUCAAGUCCAUCAACAACUGGGCACAAGAACUCCACUGAAUGUGUCUGGUUCUACUACUCUCUCAGCUGUGCGUCCUGGUGUAUCAUCAGACAUUCUGAGACUUCCUAUCUUUCAAACCUCUGAUGUCUCAGUUACACCAUCACACAGUAUGGCCGGCUGUCCCAAAGAAACCUCUCCUCCUCAAGGGGGUUUACUAAGCACAAGUUCUCCAAUGCUCUUGCAAGGAAGACCAUCCCUAAACCAAGUGGUGCCGGCCGUGCCCCCAAUGAAAACUGCAAUUGCACGGCAUAUCCCAAUGGUAACUGUUCCACCCAUGAGCAGCACGAUAUCACGGAUGCAGAAACUUCCAGUUGCAAUGGUUCCACCAAUCGGUGGUCCAACCAACGCCAGUCCAGCCACUCCUAUUGCAAGUGUUCCUCCGUCUAUGAACACAGUUAUAAUGACACCUUGUCCACCCAUCAGAGCUGUGCAACCUGGGACAAUCGGAAAGCCUGCUAUUUUACCCCAGCCACUACAAGGACAAAACACAAUUCCCAGCCCUAGUAAACUGCUGUUGAGCCCAGAUGGGGCCAUUUUAAAUAUAGUUCAAGCCUCAAGCAUACAAGUGUUGGCAAAGCCAAUGGCCGCCCAAGUGGUUAGUUCCUCCUCAAGUAGUGUUACUGUACCUACUUUAAAUACAAAUGAUCCACUGAGAAAACCAGACACCAUGGAGAGACCUAAUCACUGAAGACCUAAUCUGUUGUUUCCCUUUGUGAUUAUAGGGGAUGGUCUGUUCAUUGUUUUGGGCUUUGUUGAGAGCAAGUUGGAUUGUGCGGGCUUCCUUCGGUUCCAUUUCUCCAAAUGUUGGAGGCUAAACUGAAUUAAUAUUUUGUGCAUUUUGCUCUUUAACCAUACAUAUUGAGGUGAAAUUGGUUAUCUUUAGAGUUGUAAAUAAAAGAGAAAUUUGGAGAUUUCAACUGGCCAGUAAUGUACAUAACAGUAUUUGUUUGGCUGACUCUUUUCUACUCCAUUUGUAUGCAAAGGUUUGAAUGUUUUUGUAGCAUUUUCCAUUAAAUGAUUAAUAUUGUUCUGUAGAACAGUCUUCAGUCUAUUUAAGAGUAUGUCUGGCAAAGUAGUACAUUCAGGCAUAGGUAUCAGACAUUAUCUGAUAACUGUUUGGUUUUGUGUUUCCUCUAUAUACAUGACAAUAAACUUGGCAUAUUUAUGACUGAAGUAA